AUGAAGACUUUGUUUUUCAUCGCCCUCAUCGCCGUCGUUGCUCAUGCUACCCCAACCAUUCGGAAUGACCGUAUCGAGUCAUUUCAAGCUAGUGAUUCAUUAGAUGGGCUUGCUCAUCGCAGGGAGACGGCUUUUUGCGAAAAUUGUGAUUUAGGUUCUCCCAAGCCAUACUGCCGUCCAUGUCCCAGCACCUGGUUCGGAGGGUGUGUCAAUACUCAUACGCAAACUUGUAACUAUGAUGGUGCUGAGACCAGUGACAAUUCCUGUGGAGCGGGUUCUUGGGGUUGCGUUGCUAAAUGCUGUCCUGGCACUGGCAAAAAGUGCAACUAG